GAUUGUGCUGCGGCUGAGCGUAGGGUAAUGUCGGUGAGUGAAGGAGCUUCAGGUAGCGCUGCGUGUCCGUGUACGUGUUCCUGAGAGCUGGGAGCGCGCUUUGGGGAGUGCGGGAGCGCGCGGGGACCUGGUGUGAGCGACUGGGGGGAGAAGCGGGGACACAGGAGCGCGGAGCGGAAUGACGGAGAGCCCGAGAGCGGAGCGCGAGCUGCGGGGAUUUGCAUAGCCAAAGCGCUGAGAGUCCCGAGGAGAGGUCCGGACUGGGGCUCAUACUGUACCGGGUAAGCAGCGAGCGAGCAGCAGAUGUCCGGCUACAUGGAAGUUCAAGCUCCUCACGCAGUGACGAUCUGAGUAUUGGGAGAGAGUGAGGAUGCUGGCGGAGGGGAAAGUAGUGGAGGAAUGGCUUUCAGAAUUCAAGACAUUACCCGAGUCUCAGUUCUCCAGCUAUGCGAGCUCUCUCUAUAGGAAGAAGAAUCUGGUUCCAGCUCUCUACAGAAUCAUCCAGGACCCCAACAGUGAGCUUUUGGAACCUGUGUGCAAUCAGCUGUUUGAACUCUACCGGAACACAGAUGAACGCCUGCGGCGCUUCACUUUGCAGUUCCUGCCCGAGUUGGUGUGGGUUUACCUCCGAUUCACAGCCAGCAGGGAGCGCCAGAUCAACGGCUGCAUCGAGGCUCUCCUGCUUGGCAUCUACAACCUGGAAAUUGUAGACAAAGAAGGAAACAGCAAGCUGUUAUCUUUCACCAUUCCUUCACUGUCUAAACCAUCUAUAUACCAUGAGCCCUCCAGUCUCGGCUCCAUGGCUCUGACAGAAGGAGCUCUAAGUCAGCACGAUCUAAUCCGAGUGGUUUACAGUGGCAUGCAUCCCCAAAGAGAGACCUUCACUGCGCAAAACAGGUUCGAGGUGCUGUGUUUCCUCAUGCUGUGCUACAACUCAGCCGUGGUGUACAUGCCCUCCUCGUCAUACCAGGCCGUGUGCCGCAUGAGCUCGCGGUUGUGUGUUUGUGGGUUUCCACGGCAGCAACAGAAGACUUGGCGGGAACCCUGCAACCGCGUGGUGCUGGACCCUGAGUUCAUGGUGCAGAUGCUCACUGCCGUCUAUCAUGCCAUUUAUAAUGGAGAGUGGGAUCUGGGAAGAGAGGCUUUGGAUGAUGUCUUAUACAGAGCCCAGCUGGAACUCUAUUCUGAGCCUCUACUGUUGGCAAACGCGAUGAAGAACUCCCUGCCAGACAGCGCUCCGGAUGGUUCUCAAGGCAAGAAGGUACUGCAGGUGGAGGUGACGCCUACCGUCAGGAGGAUCUCUCGCUCUGCUGUCACUGCAGCCUCGAUUCGCAGGCUUCGCUGGAAGAGAGAAGAUUGUUUUGACUUCUCGACCGAGGCCGAGUACAAGUUCUCCAUCCAUUCCGGUCUACACGCUUCCAUGGAGCCAGCAGCCAAUCCCAUGCGAAGAGGGAGGGGCAUACUCACAGUCACACUUGAGGAUGCUGAUGGCAUGAGCGGAGGUGAAGAGUCCUUCAACCUGAACGACCCAGAUGAGGGGUUCUCCUCCGGUGCGUCCAACAGCAGCCAGCCGAGCACAGGCCGACCCUCGGGGAGUGGAGGAGGGCGGGCCAGCACGCAAAAGAGCUCCAAGAAGAGCAGCUCAAGUCGCACACACCGGGAAAAAGAGAAGGAUAGUUCAGCCGAGAAACAUAAAGAGCCGCAGCCCCCACAGAGAGCUCAGUCUCCUCCACCUGCCAUCACGCUGGACACUAUCGAACUCACCCCCAUAAAGAAGACGCAGAGCCUAAGUCGGACCUGCAGUAUGAGCGUGGGAGUGAGUGGAGAGCAGGAAGGAGGAGCAACAGGCGCAAGGCUCGGCCCAGGGGGAGGAGCAGGAGGAGCGCAUCGCCUUUCCAGCCUCAGUCUGAAAGAGGAACAUCUGGUGCGGCCUGAUGGUGGGAAAGACCUGCUAUCUCCUGGAGCUCCUCUUACCAAGCAGUCUCGCUCGCCCAGUUUCAACAUGCAGCUCAUAUCGCAGGUGUAGCACACUUUACACCUGCAUCACCAUCUUCUCGUCUGCUUCCUGUUUCUCUCCGUCUAUUUUAUUUUAUUUUAUUUUUUUAACAGAACCCUGAUCAAUAUGGUGGGUUUGUUUCUCUUUAUCUCUUGCUUUAAUUUUUCCUCUUUGGGUUUCCACCCAUUUUAUGCAAAUCUAAAUUGGCACAAAAGAAACAGGAGAUAAAUAUGGGUAUUUUGGGCUGAGGUUGAAACGUUGGCUGAAGAGGACGCUAAAUAUACAGUGACACUAUACACUGUCGAGAACAUACAAAAUUAACAAUGUUUGAUGGAAAUUUGUUAAAUAUUUGGACAGAAACAUGACCUUUUUUCCUCUUUACGUUUCUCCUUCUCAGUCUGCGUAUUUUCCUCAGACCAAAUGAAGCAUUCCAAUUUUAACAGACCAAGACAGCGUGAUGUUUUGGAUUCGGAUGUACCGCCUGAUCUAGACUGAUCAGGUCUCAGACGCAUCUUCCCCGUGUCACUAAUUUAUCCACACCUGGCCAGAUGCUAAAAAUAAGCCUGAUCAGUGGAGCUGUGACAAACAUACUGCCUCAUGAGCGCUUAACGGAAACAACACAGGCUAGCUAACUCAUUUUGACAAAAAAAAUAAAUAAAUAAAAGGCAUGACGGUUAACUUGAAACCCCGAUGCUUCAGGGGUAAACACAGGCCAGUCCCCAAUAUUAAAGCUAUUACGUGUGAAUUGAGAUUCAGGCAUUAAGUGUUUUAACCACUUUUGAGGCAUUGGAGAUGGACGAUGAGGUAAUCCGGCUCUAGCCAGUAGAGAUCAGGCAUAUUAUAUUAUUUAUUGUUGUGGGACUUCAGAGAUUAGUCUAUAUUUAUAUAUAUUUAAAAAAAAAGUAAGCAAUAAAUCUUAGGUUGUUCAUCUGACACAAAGCAAUCAUAUGCAUUCCUGCUGAACUCCUGGGUCCUGUGCAAUUUUUAUCAAGGUCUUAUGAUUAUUAUUUUUAUUAUUCUUGUUAAAUGAAAACUAAAAUAUUUUUGCUCUUUUCAUCUCUGCGUUCCGUCCCAAAGACGGCUGUGUUUAUAAUUUUAGAUGCAUCUUUAAACAAAAACAAAUGUCAUAUUUACCGUUAUCUGUGACCUUGAUUUUGCUUUAGAAAUUCAACACAAUCUAGUAUAACUUGGUUUGAUCUGUAUAAUUUUAAUAUUGUUUUUUGUUUGUUCAUUUGUUUGUUUUAUUUCUUGAUAUUUUUUAAUCGACCUGUUUAAUCUACAAACGGUGUAUUCUGUUGACUCCUAGUCAUUUUAGAGUUUGUCUAUUUUAAAAAACCAGAGGCCAAGAUGUUGAAGAAUGUUGUUGGUGUUUAUCCGCUGAAACCCGAGCAGGAGAAUCGUACAAAUGUGCGGAGAAAAAACGAACCGCUGCUGAACGAUAUUUUAUGACAUGAACAUUCUGGACUACUGCUGAGUGGGCGAACAUUUCUCACGACUUUCCUCUUCUCAAACGAUUUGUGAAUAAGCUUAAGAAGCGUGAUUCUGAUGUGCUGGUGUCAAACAUGUUAAAGCUGUAAUAAUCUGUAUUACCCUCAAAAUCCUUUGUGUGUGUGUGUGUGUGUGUGUUUGCACACGCUGCAAAAAAUGACAUCUUAGCAAGUGAAAUAUUCUUGAAUCUUAAAAAAUCUAAACAUAUUUAUAACUUCCCAAAAUAAGAUUAAAACAAACUAAAUAUAAGAUGAUUGCGCUUAUUUCUAGUCAAAUGUUACUAAAAUCGCAAGAAAAUCUAUUUCUAAAGCCUAGCAAAAUUAUCUACAAAUAGAACAAAAUAUGUUUUGCUUGCAAUUUUAGUAAUGUUUGAAGAUUAAAAAAAAUGUUGAAUAAUAUCGUAUUUGGUUUGUUGUAAUUUUUUUGUAAUAAGUUAUAGAUAUGUUUUGUAUAGAUUUUAAAUAUUUUACUUGCUAAGAUGGUGUUUUUUUGCAGUGCAUGACUGUUAGUCUUGUGUUUGUGUCAGGUAAUCAAACAGGGAUCUUUGAUUCAUUAGUUCUACCUCGUCUUCUUUCCAUCAGCUGUUCCAAACACUGGACUCUCACGCUGUCUAGCUGUGUGCUGAAAAAUCCCUAAAGAUUCAUCCCUGAGCCUUUAGUCACGAUUCUCCUUUUCAACCUCACUUCAUCCGAAGCCUGUUUUAAUUUUUUCAUGCUCAUGUGAUAUUCUGAUAAACAGAAACUCCAUCUAGUGGCUGAAUCUGAAUCUAGUGGCAUUUUGUUCUUACAGGAUAAAUUUUAAGUGUGUACUUGUCAGUCCUCUGUGUGUGUGUGUGUGUGUGUGUGUGUGUGUGUGUGUGUGUGUGUGUGUUAGCCUGUCUGCAUGCACAUCAUGCUUUUACUGUUUCAUUUUAAACCUUCUUUCACUGUGCACAACUUCAGUGCUGUAAAAGCAAUCACUGCACAUUUGCUUAAUGUGAAUGCUGGCUUUUAUCCAUCGUGCUGUUUGGUGUAUGCUGAGCCAUUUAGUAGAUGAGUGCGUCAGGACCAAACACAACAGAUCCCGACAAGACAGUUUUACACACAGUCUUCUCAUUGAAUGGUUGGAAAUUUGCGAAAAUAACUUCUGGCACUUAUAGUGCAAAAGACCUAAAGAGAUUGGUCAAACUUUCUGGAGGAGCCGACUGGGUUGGUCAAACAUUCUGCAAGAUUAAUGGGAUUUGUCAAAAUUACAGCGGUGAUAGGAAUCAGACUUUUCUCAGGAGUUAAUGGGAUCGGUCAAAAUUUCUACAGCUAAAGAGCAGCUGGGAUUGUUUAAACUCUCUGCAUGAGCAGGUAGGAUAAGUCAGAUCUUGUACACGAGCAAACUGGAUUAGUCUGGCUUUCUGCAGGAGCAGACAGGAUUGGUUAAAACUCUGUGUGACCAUGUGUGAUUGGUCAGAUUUCCUGCACGAGAAGCCAGGAUUGGUUAAACUCUCUUUGUGAGCAGGUGGGAUUAGACAGACUUUCUACAAGAGCCAUUGUAAUUGAUUAAACUUUUUGAAAUUGAUUGAGAUUAAAAUUGAAAUCGAUUAAUCGUGCGAGCACCUGGGAUUUUUCAGACUUUCUGUAGAAGCAGGUAGGACUAGUCACACACAAAAUCUAUUUAAAAAGUUGUUUGUUUUUGAGCAUUUGGGAAUCAACUUUGGUGCAGGAGGAGGUGGGAUUGGUCAAACUAUGCGGGAGCAUGGAUUAGGUAAGAUUUUCUCGUAAGAGCUGCUCAGAAUUCACAGAACUGGUUGAAUUGCUGAAACCUUUAGGGGAAGCAGGCAGGUUGAAUCAAAGUCUCUGAUGGUACAGGUAGGAUUGUUUAAACUUGUUGUGCAAGUAGGUGGGAUUAGUCAUGCUUUCUGAAUAAGUGGAUGGGGGCCUUUUUUUUCUAAAUGGGAUUUAAAAACCAGACCCCUUUGCACACUUCUACCAGUGGGUCCUCAUACUGUCUCUUCAUCUUGCAUAUUUUCUAAAGUGCCAACUGCCUCCUGAGAACGACUGCCUUCACGGCUCUUGUCUUAUGUUAGAGAUCUUUUGACCAUUUAAUUAUUUGAUUAAAUAUGUAGGCUAGAGACGGUGUGGUGUAUUUGGAUAAAUUUUCAACCGUGUCCUUUACAUCUUUAAUGUCAUCCAUGUUGAGAAUUCUCUUUCCUGUGGAGUGUGUCUACCUAAUGAUGUGUAUGUGGUGUUGAUGUACUACAGAUAUACAUUAUAUUUCUAGGUUUGGUUUUUAUUAAGUCUCUCUGAGGAGAGCACAGCCGGUUCCAUCAGUCUCCCAUGGUCUCAGACGGAUUUAUGGAUUGUUAAGGUAGUGUCACGUGUGUGUGGAUGGCAGAGCUGGACACACAGCUAAGAUUUUACCCUACAGCCCUAAUUUGCUCAACUGCAUCUUUUCUAAUUGAGCAGUCAUCUUUUCUUAAAGUAGUGUGAGUUAGUAUAAGACUGCUAGAGCUGUAGUGUUUUUUUCUUAACUGUCUUAACCUCCACUCUGUGAACUGGAGGACUUCUGGUCUGUGCAUUGGCUGUACAGAUUGUUAAAACCAUGGUGUGUUUUACUGCUCCCACUCACUUUUCCCCAUGAAGCCUUUCGUACUGGCUUAAAUGUGUAAAAUCUGCAUCUAGAACACUACAACACAAUACGAAACCACUUUCAGAAAAAAAGGUACUAAACCUGUGCUCAUGCUCAUCACUGCAGUGGUGCCUUCAAGGGCACGUCCUUUGUAUCUUUUAUUUUAUCUUUUACUUGAAAGCUGAUGUUUCUAAAUAUGCCUUUAAAGCCUGUAUACGUAGACCUUAAGGAGCACUGCUGCACCUUUCGAAAUGUGCACUGUAUUCACUCCUGAAGUUCCAGCUGAAAGAUGUGCUGUAUUUGAAAGAUACAGAGGGCGUACCCUUGAUGGUUCCAGCGUUAGUACAGUUUAGAACCAGGUUUAAGCUUUUAUAUCUGAAUUUUAUAUCAAACCUUACAGGAACAGUUUGGCCAAAAAUGAAUUGUCCACUUUUUUUUUGCAUUUAUCCACAGAUGUUAGAACAAGUAAUGAGCACAUUUGAACAUGCUCAACUUCAAACACUUUGGGGAAGUCAUGGCUCAAUGUUCAUGGCUUUGGGCAACUGAAAAGAUGGUGCGAAUUCAAAUCCCAGCCUGAGCAAGACUUUUCUCCGUAGAUUUUUAUAACUCCAUAGAUGAUCGAGUCUCAAGUCUCGUUCGGUCACAAGGAAAUAUCUGGCAGAUCAAACACUGGUCAAAUGAAAAUGAAACUAUUGCCUUUAAAGAUUAGGCCAUACCUGCUACCUGAGUCUGAUGCUUGGCGUGUUAAAAUUAGCUGAUGCUUCAAUUUGGUCAUUUUCUGUUUUGUUAAAUAGUUCAACAUCCAUUUUCCUGUUUUAAGUCAAUCUCAUAAUUCAUAUGUAUAAAUUUUUGUUUAUAUCUCCAGAUACCAGACUCCUUGGCUCAGUAACUAUAACUGGGGUAAUUGGGAUGUGUACUUUUUUUUUUUUUGGUGGAGUAUCUUGUUGGUUAUAUCGUGGAUGUGUACAAUCAGUGUCCCUUCUCCUGUUCUCACUCAGACCAACCCGCUAACCGAGAGAUGUGUUUUAUCCUCCCUCUUUGUCUCUUGGUGAUUGGAUUGCAUGUGAUGAGUGUAGGCCUUCUUUUCAUACAAUGCACUUUAUCCAGUCUUUGGUGUUGUCGGUGACUGACAAUAGAUGUAUAUUUGUGUGUGUUUGUCUGUGUGUGUGUGUGAGAGAGAGAAUGUGUGUGUGCAUGAGAACAGAAAGGAAGUUAAUGCCAACUCCUACUGCAGACUACUCAGCUACUAUUACAGGGGGACGUUCCUCACGAUCCAAAUGCUCUGUACAGGAACGGAUCUCCAUUUGGUGUUCUUCAGGUGUUCUUCCUUUUUCUCUACACCUAACAGCUGGUUGUUUCCACUGUCUUUAUUUCAAACAGAUUCUAUGCAAUUUGAAGGUUUUCUUUCGCCUUUUCUUCUUUUUUUUCUUGGGGGAUGCUGGGUCAAAUCUCUGGGUAGCUGAUAGGUCUUAGCUGGAAUACAUUUGCGAGUUCCUCCUCAGGUCCUUCAGCGAGGAACCACAUCAGAGUUGCUGCUGCUGUUUUAACAGAAUGAUCUCCUGGUUUAAGAUCAGGUAUAGGGUAAGAGAUAUGGUGUGUGUGAGUGUGUGCGUGUGUGAAAAAAAGUUAAUUAAUUAAUAGUAGUUAUAAAGUCAGUCGGACCUUUUUGCAGGUUUCUUUAACAUUAGGCAUGCACACGGUCUUCAGGAGCCCUGAAACAGAGUCGUGGUGUUAAGUAGGUUGGUA